UACCACCAGACGCACCUUGGUACUUCCAUCCGCCAAUCAAGGCUAGUGGAGCGAAGGCUCGAUAUAAUUGAGAAGCACUUUCUAAAUGUGUCGUUCAGCGUCACGAGUCUACAAGCCCCACUGAGACCUACCUAUAGUCUAGUCAAAGUACUAGUGACGGUGAGUAACGGUUUCUGGGUUCAGUCAGCGAAAGUCCCUCAAACUCAAUCAAUAUCAAGAGCAUGUCGUGACGAGCCACAAAAUCGCAUCCAACAAGCAACGACUGAGCAAACAAGCAACGGCUUUCGCGCUCAAGCCCCCAACCUAGUAAAGGGGCGGCGCAGUAGAAAGAUUGCAUCUUCCAAGUGCGCAGUAGUUUUCUUGCUUGUUGCAGAUGUUGCAGAUUCCAGAGAGGCAGAAAGUCUUUUUGCAGAAUCGCUCUUUUUCAACUAUGUUCAGAAGUGUUGGGAAUUAAUUUUCGCAAACAGGAGUUGGCUUUCAUUCGAU